UUUUCACGAUGAAGCGAAACGUGGCUGGCGAGGUGAUAACUUUCAAUAAUUACUUAUUGAAACUGCCUAUUGAGGUCCUGGACUUGGUGUACACCGAGCUGUCAGUGUUUUCGAAGGUCAGUUUGGCUGAGGUGCAUCCAUAUUUGGGAAAAGCAUUAUCCUGGCACUGUCGUGAUGCGUUGAAGGAAAUUAACCUCAAGAGAUACCCGUUCAGCGGUUGGGAGACUCUGCUGUCGUUUUGUGGCCACACCGUGAGAAAAGCCACCUUUGAUGAAACCGACCAUGAAGACAAGUUUAUGCUAUUGAGUAUGUUCUGCCACAACCUGGAGAUACUCGAGAUCAAUUUUCUGUCAGACACGACAAGGCGUCUAAGGAAACUCGAUGGCCAUUUAAAGCCGAAUGUUCCGAUUGAACUGAUGAAAGUUUGUUCCAAAAUGGAAUCAGUGAAACAGUUGAUAAUACGUCAACUUUUACAAUCGCAAAUUCCCUAUUUGAAAACAUUGAAAAAUGUGGAGCAUCUGAAAAUUGUUGGUGCAUAUAGUACCCGGAGGUCUUGGUCCCUUGCAGAAUUGCCUUUGAACACUCUACGAGUCGCCGUGUUGCGAGACUUUUCUAUAAAGAGCACAAAUGAGAAGAUGCACAGCUCGACGUUGGAAAAGCUUACCAUUAUUUUUUGCACCGUUAAGGGUGAAAUGCCAUGGCUCCCCAAACUCAAAGCGUUGCAUUUUAUCUUAAACCAAUGCUCUGAAGACAGUGCUUUCCCGGGUUGGGUAAUGCAACACUCCAAAACUUUGGAGUUAUUGAAGUUCUGGGAAGACACUUUUCGGCCCGGCUUUUUUUUGAAGGUUUUCCGAGGCUGCAAAAAUUUAAAAACCCUUAUCCUUUAUGCAGCUUGUAACGAUAAAAUUAUACCACGAAUUUUUUUCAAAAAAUUCGAAGAAAUUCUAAAGGAGCAUGGAUUCAACAAAAAUAAAAAAUUGAAACUCAAAUUGCAUUACCAGGGAAUAGAAGAAAAACGAGUACUAAAGAGAUUUUGUUCAGAAAUGGUUGACCUUUCUUGGUGCCGGAAUAUGGAUCUGUUUUUUUUAAACUAACAUUUUUGAAGCUAUUAUAA